UCGGUCCAUUGAUCCCGUAACGUUGUGUCAAAGCGAGUGCCAGCUCCCUCCCUGCAUUCUCUUAGAUAAUGGUCAGCGUAGGAAAUCCAAUCGGACGGCACCAGUAAAGAUUUGGGUCUCAGAGAAGGCGGAGCAGGAGAAGGAGCAGAUACGAAGACGAUGGUGUCGCUGGUAGCAGCAUCGUCGCCGUGGCGGACGGCCACGGUCUUCUCAAUCCCCCACCGAAACUCGCCCUGUGGCAGGAGCCGCCUCCUCUUCCGCCGACUCGCCACCGUGAGGGCCGCUGCUUCCGACGGAAAGGAGGAUGCCCCUUCCAAAGUACGCGUCCGCUUUGCGCCCUCGCCGACCGGAAACCUACACGUGGGUGGCGCUCGGACGGCCCUGUUCAACUAUUUGUUCGCGAGGUCAAGGGGUGGUAAGUUUGUUCUUCGGAUUGAAGAUACAGACUUGGAAAGAUCAACAAGAAAGUCUGAAGAAGCAAUGCUGGAAGACUUAUCCUGGCUUGGUCUUGGUUGGGAUGAAGGUCCGGACAUUGGUGGUGAAUUUGGUCCUUAUCGACAAUCAGAACGGAAUGCUUUGUACAAACAAUUUGCUGAGCAGUUGUUGAAAUCUGAUCAUGUUUAUCGAUGCUUUUGUUCCAAUGAGGAACUUGAAAGGAUGAAGGUGACAGCAAAACUGAAUAACCUGCCUCCUGUGUAUACCGGAAAAUGGGCGACUGCUACAGAUGAUGAAAUAGCACAGGAAUUGGAGAAAGGGACACCAUUUACAUAUCGUUUUCGAGUUCCAAAGGAAGGGACUCUCAAAAUUGAUGAUCUUAUCCGUGGUGAGGUCAGUUGGAACUUGAAUACACUUGGGGAUUUUGUGAUUUUGAGAAGUAAUGGUCAGCCCGUCUACAACUUUUGUGUCACGGUUGAUGAUGCAACAAUGCACAUUUCCCAUGUCAUAAGAGCAGAAGAGCAUUUACCUAACACAUUGAGACAGGCACUUAUAUACAAAGCUCUCGGGUUUUCCAUGCCUCAUUUUGCACAUGUUUCUUUAAUUCUUGCUCCUGACAAGAGUAAGUUAUCAAAAAGGCACGGUGCCACGUCUGUGGGUCAGUUCAGGGAAAUGGGAUAUCUACCACAAGCUAUGGUGAAUUAUCUAGCGCUUCUUGGUUGGGGUGAUGGUACAGAAAAUGAAUUUUUCACAAUUGACGAGCUUGUCAGUAAGUUUUCUAUUAGCCGUGUCAACAAAAGUGGAGCUGUAUUUGAUUCUACAAAGCUAAGAUGGAUGAAUGGUCAACACUUGAGAGCCCUUCCAUCCAAUGACUUGGUUAAGAUCUUAGGGGAACGUUGGAGGACUGCUGGAUUGUUCUCAGAAUCUGAAGGAGAGUUUGUAGAAGAAGCAGCAACUUUAUUGAAGGAUGGAAUUGACUUGGUAACAGAUGCAGACAAGGUGCUGUCUGACUUGCUUGCUUAUCCAUUGCAUUCUACUUUGGCAAGCUCUGAAGGUCAGGCUAUUGUGGAGGACAAAAUUUCUGAAGUUGCUGGCAGCUUAAUCUCAGCAUAUGACAGUGGAGAGUUUUAUGGUGCUCUUCAAGAGGGCCCUGGUGGCUGGCAGAAAUGGGUGAAGAACCUUGGGAAAUCACUGAAGCGCAAGGGUAAAGCACUUUUCAUGCCCAUUCGAGUUUUGCUGACUGGGAAGCUCCAUGGCCCUGAUAUGGGCUCAAGCAUUUUGGUGCUGCACAAAGCAGGCACUUGUGGAGUGAUCACAACUGAAGUUGGUUUUAAGACGUUGGACGAGAGGUUCAAAAUUUUAAGAGAGAUUGAUUGGGAAGCUAUUUCCAAAGACAAACAAGCAGAGCCUGUUGCCACCGUCUCCCACUAGCAUCUCCGAUGUUAUACGUUUAGGGCAGUGUGCAUUUUUCUCCAUCAUUCAUCUCUCUCUCGAUGAGCAGUAGUUUUAGUUGUGGAGUUUACUUUUUCCACAGUUUUGAUGACAAACGUGCCUUUUAUGUAUUUUUCUCCUCCAUUUGUUUUGGUAGGAGUGCAGUGUGUUGUGGUCUGGGUGAUAGCUAAUUUUUUGUUUCUCCAAUUGUGUCUUUGUUUAAUUAUUUCUUCUCUUUUGUUUUUCAUGUA